CACAAACCAAACGACGAACCCCAAAACUCCAAAAAUCAAACAUUUUUAUUAAGAAAAAAAAGAAGAAAAAAAGAAAGAAAAAAAAUAAAUAAAUGAGAAUUUGGUUUUCGAGGUCCCUCCUCUUUGGCACUUCCACCACUUAACGAUGUGGAGUUUUGUUCAUGUAGAUGCGACGGAGAUGUUUGCUGUGGUCCUCUUUGGUCGUAGAUCUAUGCGGCAGAGGCUGUCAGGGGUUGUUCACAUGGCCUUUGUUUUUGUUGGGAGUGUUGGAACUUGGAAUUGAUGAAAACUUUCAUCCCUUUUCCGUAUUUCGCGUGUUGGAAUUGAUGGGGGCGCUUUCAGUUUGAGCAUGCUUCUGAAAGGGAUCGAGGAAAAAAAGAAGAUAUCUUUCAUUUUAGGGUUUUCAAGAAUCAUUGCAUGUUGCGUUAAAUUGGUUGGAUUUGAGGUGGGUGAAGUUUGGUGAAUGGGGAUUCAGACAAUGGCGUCUGAUGGUGGAGGCGGUAGUGGGGCACAGCAAUCUCAGAUUCAGAACAUGGUCAGGCAAGGAUCUCAGCAAUCUCAAAUUCAGAACUUGGCCAGGCAAGGCUCUCUGUACAACCUCACUCUCAAUGAGGUUCAGAGUCACUUGGGUGAACCUUUAAGUAGUAUGAAUCUUGAUGAGCUCCUCAAGAGCGUGUUUCCAGGUGAGAUUAACCCAGUGUUGCCCAUGGAGAUAGAGGGAACUGGAGGCAAUUAUGCUUCUGGUUCUGGUCUACAGAGUCAGGGGAGCAUUACCAUGUCACGGGCUUUGAGCAAAAAGACUGUGGAUGAAGUGUGGAAGGAAAUCCAGGACGGAAGGAGCAAGAAUAAUGAGGAACAUGGGGUAGCAGGUCAGGAGAGACAGCCAACGUUUGGCGAGAUCACCCUUGAGGAUUUUCUGGAGAAGGCUGGGAUAAUUGCAGAAGGAUCUACAAAGAAAAGAAAUGAUCCUGUUGGCAACGUCGAUCCUAUGUCAGGGGUACAUGAUUUCACGCAGGGUGCUCAUUGGUUACCGCAGUAUCAUCAGAUGCCUGCUGUGCCGCAGCCACAGACUCAUCAGAAUUUGAUGGGUGCUUAUGCCAUGUAUGCUGAUGCACAAAUGAAUCUUGCUUCGCCAACAAUAGGAGCUCUGUCUGAUUCACAAACGCCAGGGCGGAAGCGGGGAGCUCAGGAUGAGUUGACAGAUAAGAUUGUGGAGAGAAGGCAGAAGAGGAUGAUCAAGAACAGGGAAUCUGCUGCUCGUUCACGAGCUAGGAAACAGGCUUACACAAAUGAGCUAGAGAAUAAGGUUUCCCGCUUGGAAGAGGAAAAUGAGAGGCUUAAGAAACAGAAGGAAUUGAACAAGUUAUUAUCUGUACCGCCACCAGAACCAAGGUAUCAGCUUAGACGAACAAGUUCAGCCUCUUUCUGACCAUGUUGAUAUUUAAGUUUUGUAGAUUUGUGUGGAGGUUCACCUUUGAAUUCUGCAUCGAUAUAUUUGGUCACCUGGGUUUCUGUUUCUUCUCGGGGGUUCCCUAUAAAAGAAGCCAAGAAAAGAAAAAGAGGUUCAGAAGAAACCCCAAGAUUCACCGACGAGGUAUUUUCCAGUGUAAAUCCACCUAUGCUGAACUUCUGGAGCAGAAUAAACAUUGUCAAGGAUAACAUUAAGGACACCAUUUCUGACUGUGCUCUAUGAUUGCUUUGCUCAUGAAUAGAGUGUCAUUUUUCCUGUAGUUUAUGGAUGAGGAUGAUGACACCAUUUCUGACUGUGCUCUAUGAUUGCUUUGCUCAUGAAUAGAGUGUCAUUUUUCCUGUAGUUUAUGGAUGAUGAUGAUGAUGAUGAUGAUGUUCGGAAGCUGAGAGUUUGCAUGUAGUCCUUAUAAAAUAUGUUACCUGUAACCAGCUGCUCUUGUUUGCUCUUGUAAUUCUGAUCAUGAAGGUUUCUACAGUGAAUCAGUUUGUUUUGCCCUGAUUUAGCUCAUGUUGUUCACAAGAUCGACAUUACCGACUAUGUCGUUCGUCUUUCGUUACAUGGAUGUAAUAUUACACUGCAAUAUUGGCAGGAUCUUUGAAGGUAUCAUAACAUUGUGGCAAAUCAUAUGAAGAAAAUAAACAGUGUAAUGUUGCUCUUUGUAAUCUAAUAAUUUACAUUUUA